AUGUCAUUCACAUCCAAGCAGAAAGAACUUCCGGCCAAUUUCAUUGGUCUUCAUACCGUGGAAAAUGCCGAACCUUCUUCAAUGAAGGAUUUUGUUAUUGAGCACGAAGGUCACACUGUCAUCCGAAAAGUUUUAAUUGCCAACAACGGUAUUGCUGCCGUUAAGGAGAUUCGUUCAGUCCGUAAAUGGGGCUACGAGAACUUUGGCGAUGAGCACAUUAUCCAGUUUGUUGCCAUGGCUACUCCCGAAGAUUUGGAGGCUAAUGCCGAGUAUAUCAGAAUGGCUGAUCAAUAUAUUGAGGUUCCCGGUGGAACCAACAAUAACAACUACGCCAACGUCGACUUAAUUGUCGAGAUAGCCGAACGCACUAAUGCUGAUGCUGUAUGGGCCGGUUGGGGUCAUGCUUCUGAGAAUCCUAUUUUGCCUGAACGCCUAGCUGCUUCUCCAAGGAAGGUCGUCUUUAUUGGUCCUCCCGCUUCUGCUAUGCGCUCUUUAGGUGAUAAGAUUUCCUCCACCAUUGUUGCACAGAAUGCUCACGUUCCCACCAUUCCUUGGUCUGGUUCUGGUGUUGACGAUGUUGUUGUUGACGAGAAAACGGGCCUUGUCUCCGUCGAUUCUAUCACUUAUGCCAAGGGUUGUUGUGAAGGCCCUGAAGACGGUCUUGAAAAGGCUAACAAGAUCGGUUUCCCAGUAAUGAUUAAAGCCUCUGAAGGUGGUGGUGGUAAAGGUAUUCGUAUGGUAGAUCGCCAGGACGACUUUGUCUCUAUGUACCACCAGGCUUCUGAAGAAAUUCCCGGUUCUCCUAUAUUCGUUAUGAGAUUAGCGCCUCAUGCCAGACACUUGGAAGUGCAGCUAUUGGCUGAUGAGUACGGUACGAAUAUUUCUUUGUUUGGUAGAGAUUGUUCUGUUCAGAGAAGACACCAAAAGAUAAUUGAGGAGGCCCCGGUGACCAUUGCUAAACCCGAAACCUUUCAUCAGAUGGAACUGGCCGCAAUAAGGUUAGGCCAGCUUGUCGGUUACGUCAGUGCAGGUACUGUUGAGUAUUUGUAUUCACAUGAUGAUGAAAAGUUUUACUUCCUUGAGUUGAACCCUCGUUUACAAGUGGAGCAUCCUACUACAGAGAUGAUCUCGGGCGUCAAUUUACCUGUUGCUCAGUUGCAGAUUGCUAUGGGUAUCCCAAUGCAUCGUAUUGAGGAUAUUCGUUUGCUUUAUGGUGUCGAUUCGCAUACCUCGACUCCAAUUGAUUUUGAGUUCAAGAACCCUAAUAGUCUCAAGACCCAAAGGAGACCCGUUCCUAAGGGUCACUGUACUGCUUGCCGUAUCACCUCCGAGGAUCCAGGCGAAGGUUUCAAACCUUCUGGUGGUACUCUACAUGAACUUAACUUCAGAUCAUCAUCCAAUGUCUGGGGUUACUUUAGUGUUGCCAAUCAGUCCUCGAUACAUUCUUUCUCUGAUUCACAGUUCGGCCAUAUAUUUGCCUUUGGUGAAAACAGACAAGCUUCAAGAAAGCAUAUGGUGGUUGCACUGAAGGAGUUGAGUAUUAGAGGUGACUUUCGCACCACUGUGGAGUACCUCAUCAAACUUUUAGAAACCCCAGCGUUUUCCGGAAAUACCAUGACUACUGCUUGGUUAGAUGAAUUGAUAUCCAAGAAGUUGACAGCUGAGAGGCCCGACCGUAUCGUCGCCGUUAUUUGUGGUGCUGUUACCAAAGCAUUCUUGCAGGCUGAAGGGUGCCGUAAAGAGUAUGUCGCCUCUUUAGAAAGGGGCCAGGUUCCUUCCAAGGAUUUGUUGAAGACUAUGUUCAAUGUUGAAUUUAUCUACGAAGGAAGCAAGUUCAAAUUUACCGUUGCUGAGGCUGGUCAGGGAAUUUACACGUUGUUUAUCAACGGCUCUCGUUGUGUCGUCAAUGCCAGAUACUUGAGCGAUGGAGGAUUACUUAUUGCUCUUGGCGGAAAAUCUCAUGCCGUUUACUGGAAAGAAGAGAUUGCCUCAACUAGACUUUCCGUUGAUUCCAAGACUUGCCAAUUAGAGGCCGAAAACGAUCCUACGCAGUUGAGAACUCCUUCUCCUGGUAAGCUAACCAAAUACCUUGUUGAGAAUGGUGGCCAUAUCAGUGUUGGACAAUCAUUUGCCGAGGUCGAGGUGAUGAAGAUGUGCAUGCCUCUAGUAGCUUUGGAAAAUGGUACCGUUCAGUUGUUAAAGCAGCCGGGUACUACCGUAAAGGCUGGCGAUAUAUUAGCUAUUUUGGCAUUAGAUGACCCAUCUAAAGUCAAGCAUGCUGUGCCCUUUGAAGGCACUCUGCCGAAAGUGGGUCCUCCGAUUGUGGAAGGUACUCAGCCUGUUCACAAGUAUUACAAGUAUUUCGGUAUAUUGAACAAUAUCUUGGCAGGCUACGAUGAUCAGGUUGUUAUGAAAUCCACCCUUGAUGGUCUUAUGGCUGUAUUAAGAGAGUCCCACCUCCCUUACUCUGAAUGGGCACACAAAAUCUCUGCUUUGCAUUCUCGUUUACCAUCCAAACUUGAUGAAAAUCUUGAAGAGCUAAUCGAGCGGUCUCAAAACCGUGGUGCCGAAUUCCCUGCUCGUCAGGUUCUUAAGAUGUUUGAGAAAGCUCGCAGUGAAAAGGAUACCGAUAUUUUGAUAUUUUCACAGACGAUUUCUCCUCUUGUUCAGAUUGCAGAGGCAUACAAGGAUGGUCUCAAGUGUCAUGAGUAUCAAGUGUUUGCUGACUUACUUAAUGAGUAUCACAGGGUUGAAUUCUUGUUUUCGGCUCGUAACGCUCGUGCUGAGGAAGUCAUCCUUAAGUUGAGAGAAGAAUUCAAGGAUGAUCUCAAUCAGGUGAUCAAUAUUGCCUUAUCUCAUUCUCGUAUCGCAGCCAAAAACAAUCUUGUGAUUGCUAUUUUGGAUGCCUAUCAGGCCGUAUUACAAGAAAGUCCAGAAGCUGUUGCCGCUUUCAAACCUGUCUUGAAGAAGCUUGUGGAGUUGGACUCCCGUUCAACUGCCAAGGCCACUUUGAAGGCUCGUGAAAUCAUGAUUCAGUGCUCUAUGCCCUCGAUCAAGGAGCGUUGCGAUCAGCUGGAGCAUAUUCUCAAGUCUUCCGUGGUUAAUACUAAGUAUGGAGAUUCGACUGCUGCUGAACACAAGAUGCCUGAUAAGGCUGUACUUCAGGAUGUUAUAGAUUCUAAGUAUACUGUAUUUGAUGUUUUGACGCAAUUCCUUACCUCAAAGGAUCCUUGGGUUGCAGCUGCCGCAGCUGAAGUUUAUAUUAGACGUGCCUAUAGAGCUUAUUCGGUUUCCAAAGUCAAGCACGAAGUCUCCGGGACCUCUACCUUUUCAAGUUGUGCUCCUGUCUCUUUGUGGAGUUUUCAGCUUCCCAGUUUGUCUACUUCUCAGUAUAACGCUAUUCCUGCUGCUUUGCGUAAGGCAUCUUCCUCUAAUGUGUCAUCUUCCGAGGUGAUGAACAGAGCUGUUUCUGUCUCCGAUCUUACAUUUAUGAUCAACAAGAAUGACUCUCAGCCUUUGAGAACCGGGGUUCUGGUUUCUGCUCCUCAUUUGGAUGAUGCAGAAGAUGCUCUGAGUAAAGGGCUUGAUGCAGUCAAGCACAUUGCUGAUAAAAAUGGUGAUGACUUACUCAACGUUUGUAACGUUAUGGUGAAUUCCACUGAUGGAUUUCAGAGCCAGGAUCAUGUUCUCACUCGUAUGAAGGAAAUUGUUGAUGACAAUCGUGCUGAUUUGAAUGAUGCCAAAAUCAGGCGUAUCACUUUUGUUCUUGGAGACAAAGCGGGCUCUUAUCCAAAGUACUAUACUUUCAAGACCUCUUCUUCAUUUGCUGAGUACAAAGAGGACCAGGUAAUCAGGCAUAUUGAGCCAGCAUUGGCCUAUCAGCUUGAAUUAGGCCGUCUUUCGAACUUUAGCAUCAAGCUCAUUCCUACUGAUAACAGAAAUAUUCAUGUCUAUGAAGCUGUUGCUAAGAAUUCUGCUGGUGUUGACAAGAGGUACUACACUCGAGGUAUUAUCCGUACUGGAUCCAUCAGAGAUGACAUUACUGCUCCAGAGUAUUUGAUUUCUGAAGCACACAGACUGAUUUCUGAUAUUCUAGAUACUUUGGAGGUUCUGGACACCUCUAAUACAGACAUGAAUCAUAUCUUUAUUAACUUCUCGGCUGUGUUUAACAUCACUCCUGCAGAUGUUGAAAGUGCGUUUGGAGGAUUCCUUGAACGCUUUGGAAGACGUUUCUGGAGAUUAAGAGUUACGGGUGCUGAAAUCCGAAUAAUGUGCACAGAUUCUGACACCGGCGUGCCAUUCCCAUUGCGUGCUGUCAUUAACAAUGUCAGUGGUUAUGUAGUGAAGUCUGAGUUGUAUGUUGAAGAGCGUGACAGUAAUAGCGAGUGGAGAUUUAAGUCAAUUGGUGCUCCUGGUUCUAUGCAUAUGCGUCCAAUAUCCACUCCUUAUGCUACCAAAGAAUGGCUUCAGCCAAAGAGACAAAGAGCACAUAGUCUGGGUACUACCUAUGUUUAUGACUUUCCCGAGUUAUUUAGACAGGCCCUCUCUGAUCAGUGGAAGAAGACAAACCCUAACAUGAAGUUCAAAGACGAUUUUCUCACAUACGAAGAGUUGAUCUUUGAUGAAUCUGGUGAUCUCACCACUGUUGCUCGUGAGCCUGGUGCUAAUACUAUUGGUAUGGUGGCCUUUAUGGUUACUGCUAAGACCCCAGAAUAUCCUAAAGGACGACAACUCAUUAUUGUUGCCAACGAUAUUACGUUUAAGAUUGGUUCGUUUGGCCCCAAGGAGGAUGCAUUCUUUGACAAAGUCACCAAACGUGCUGAGAAAUUGGGCAUUCCAAGAAUUUACCUUUCUGCUAAUUCUGGUGCUCGUAUCGGCAUGGCUGAGGAACUUCUUCCUUUCUACAAGGUUGCUUGGAAUGACCCUGCUCAUCCCUCUCAUGGCUUCAGCUACUUGUAUCUUACCGAAGAAGAUAAAGUGGAGUUAGAGAAGGAUGGUAAGUGGUCUAGUGUUCAAACCGAGAUUGUUGUUGAACAGGGAGAAACCAGAUAUAUUAUCAAGACUAUCAUUGGUGCUGAAGACGGUCUUGGUGUUGAGUGCUUACGUGGAUCUGGUCUUAUUGCCGGUACUACAUCUCGUGCUUAUAAGGAUAUCUUCACUCUUACUCUAGUCACCUGCAGAAGUGUUGGUAUUGGAGCAUACUUGGUUCGUUUAGGUGAGAGAUCUAUUCAAGUUGAAGGCCAGCCUAUCAUUUUGACAGGUGCAAGGGCCCUUAACAAGUUGCUUGGACGUGAAGUAUACACCUCUAACUUGCAGUUGGGUGGUACUCAGAUCAUGUACAAGAAUGGUGUGUCUCAUCUCACCGCUGACGAUGACCUUUCCGGUGUUCAAAAGAUCAUGGAAUGGCUUUCUUACGUUCCCGCCAAACGUGACAUUCCAGUUCCAGUUCUUGUUGAUCCUAAGGAUGGGUGGGAUAGACCGGUGGACUUCAAGCCCGUGGUUGGCGAGACGUACGAUGUUAGAUGGAUGAUUGAAGGUAGAGAUACAGAAGAUGGAUUUCAGUAUGGUCUCUUCGAUAAGGACUCCUUCCAAGAAACUCUUUCUGGAUGGGCAAGCGGCGUUGUUGUCGGCAGGGCCAGAAUUGGUGGUAUUCCAAUGGGUGUCAUUGGCGUCGAGACUCGAACCAUAGAGAACUUGAUUCCUGCAGAUCCUGCAAAUCCUGGGUCCACUGAGAUGCUUGUGCAAGAAGCAGGUCAAGUCUGGCAUCCAAACUCUGCUUUUAAGACUGCCCAGGCUAUUAAUGAUUUUAAUCAUGGUGAACAACUUCCUCUGAUGAUUUUGGCCAACUGGCGUGGAUUCUCUGGAGGCCAGAGAGAUAUGUACAAUGAAGUGUUGAAGUUUGGCUCGUUCAUCGUUGAUGCUUUAGUUGGAUACAAACAGCCUAUAUUUACGUAUAUCCCACCUACUGGUGAGCUACGUGGUGGUUCUUGGGUCGUUGUUGAUCCAACCAUCAACCCAGAUAUGAUGGAGAUGUAUGCAGAUGUUGAAUCACGUGCAGGUGUUCUUGAACCUGCCGGACUUGUUGGCAUAAAGUAUAAAGAGAACAAAUUAGUGAAGACCAUAGACCGGUUGGAUGAUCAAUGCCGGGAAUGGUCCCUAAGAUUGUUGUCUGCUGAACUUUCUGAGGAAGAAAAGACAGAGGUUACUGAGAAGUUGAAUGCCCGCCAUGCUCAUUUGCUGCCAAUAUAUCGCCAGGUCUCAAUUCAAUUUGCGGACUUGCACGAUAGAUCCGGAAGGAUGUUGGCUAAGGGUGCCAUAAGAAAGGAGCUCGAAUGGACUGAAGCUCGUAGAUUUUUCUUUUGGAGGGCAAGACGUAGAUUGAAUGAAGAGUAUUUGAUUAAACGUAUCGCCGAACAGGUUACUACUUCAACACGUUUAGAAAGAGUUGCAAGACUUAAUUCUUGGCUUCCUUCCACUUUAAACACCGAAAAUGACCGUGAGGUGGCCAAGUGGAUAGAGGAUAACCAUAAGACGUUGGAGACUCACAUCAAGAAAUUGAAGGGUAAAUUUGUCAAGCAAACGCUUGCCCGCUUAUUUAAGACAGAUCCGAAACACACAUCAGAGGGAUUGUCAGAGAUCAUGUCCUUGUUGCCUGCAGAGGAGAAGAAGAAAAUCCUUAAAGAAUUGAAAUGA